AUGAUUCCAAUGAAGAUCGAUGGAGAAGACGUCAAUUCAGUACGUUUCAAAAAUAUCCACCUAACUUGUAAAGACCCCAUUCUUACACUUUGUGUUAGAAAACGUGAAUGCUUCAUUUGUGAGAAGGUCGACAUAUCUCAAUAUACGGAAUUCGCUCGUCGCUCUUCAACUAGCGUUGAAGGUGAUUUUUUGCCAAGAAUUCAUAUAUUGGAUAGACAUGGUGAUCUCUGUAUUAAUUUAAAAGAUAGUAAAAAGUGGAUAUGUCCACAACAUGAAUGCAAUUUUUGUCAGCAGGAGCUUUUGCGAACACGGGCUUUUCAAGGGAAAUUUAUACGGUGCGUAAAAUGUGUAUUCGCUUGGCAUCGUUCAUGCGUCAUAGUUGGUUCGCUGCAUAUAAAUCGAAAACAUGAUCGCUAUGUACUUUGUCCAAGACAUAGUACUAUGAAACGUACAUCAAAACGAAAUAUUCCUUACUGCAUCAAAUGUGAAAAUUCCUUCGAAAAUGAAUCACAGAAAAUGGUGUGCGAUUCUUGCAUACGUUCUUUUUGCCACAACUGCAUUACUAAACAAAAUAAAAUGAAAGAAACAGAAGCUGGAAAUAGUGCAUUUUCAUGUGAUUUCUGUCAUUGCUUCGACUUUCCGAGAAUUGGUGACUACGUCCUGGCAACUUACAAAUCUAACUUUUGGCCUGCAAGAGCUCUCCAUGCUGAUUUAUUACCAACACCAUUGUAUUCUAUGAAUAAUUUGACUGAAAAACUUCAUGAGCCAGGCUAUGUACUUAUACAGUGGAUUGAAGGAUUGGAUAUUCCAAAUUAUGAUGUCGUAACAUGUAGAGAUGUGGUUCCACUUCCAAAAACAUUGGAUUGUUCAUUUUGGAAGCGUAUGAAGACACAUGCAAAGAUUUACGCAGCUGUUAAAGCUAUAUACGCUAAUUCGAAAGCAGCAUUUGGUAUCAGACGUCCAAUUCCACGAGAAGUUAAGGUAGAAACAUUACCAAAAUAUACGAGAAUCAAGACAAAUAUAAAUAUGCGGCUAGCAAGAGCUCCAUCUGAUAUAAUCGAAUUGGGUUACUGUGAUUGCGAACUUAUCAAUGGAAUGCGUUGUACUGUUGCCCAUAAUUGCUUGAAUCGGAUCAUGAUGACAGAAUGUCCUGAGGAUUGUGAUGCAAGGUAUUUCGAAAGGCAGAAUGCACAUGUAGGCGGUACAAAGCGACAGAUUUUGAAAAGAACUGCGAACUUGCUUGCUAGUGAAAAUUCCUUUCUAUCGUCGUCACAACGGUUGUGUACGAACAAUUUUUUGCGACAUUAUGAUAUCAGUAAUGAUAAUUUAUAUAUGGAGGAAAAACCAACUAAGUUGAAAGGUUUUGGUGUCUUCGCGAAAUGUGAUAUAGAUAAAAAUACUGAUUUGACUGAAUACGUCGGACAUGUGAUGACAAAAGAGGAAUAUUUGAACAAAUUGCGGUUUCGUUGUUUAUUUAAUGAUUUGGAAGCGUCAUAUUUUGGGAUACAGUUGACAAAUGAUUUUUACGUGGAUGCACGAAAUUAUGGCAAUAUUGCUCGGUCAUUCAACCAUUCAUGUGAACCGAACACUAAAGUCGAUGCUGUAGUGGUUGAUGGAAUUUACAGGCUCAAAAUUUCAACAAUUAAGAAUAUCAAACAAGGUGAGGAGUUAACCUUUGAUUAUGAUACGGAAAUUAUUGAGGAUCUUGUGGGCAUGGAAUGCUUCUGUGGUUCGACAAACUGUCGACGCACAAUCGGGAAGAAAAAAGCUGCAAACGUGAAGUGUUGCUCUGUAUUGUACGAACACACCAAUAAUAAUAACGGAGGAAAUGCUCAGUCGGAAACAACCGGAUCCGAAAGUUUCACUGGGAUAUGUGAAAAUAACGAUCAUUUCGGGCAAGAGUACGUACAAAAGAAGCGAAGGAAAUAUGUCAACGAAAAUAAAGGUUCUGUGAGGAUGAAAAGCAAUAGUGAAAAGCAGCAACCACGGAGAUUACAAAUAUGUCUUUCUGGAGGGAUCCCUCAAAAUGAAGAAAAUAUUAGAAGUGAGGCUGAAAAGCAUUUGCGCAACGUUUUCGUGGACGUUGUCAAAGGAACAGCAGUUGAUUAA